ACAUCCACAAGUUAUGGAGAACAAGUAAAAGAUUAGAAAUUUUCAUGCAAAAAAAUUAGAGAAGUUUUCUUUUUAUUAUAAUUAUUAUUAUUAUGGAAGUUGCUAUUGAAUUGGAUGAUGAUUUAUUUUUUGCAAAUUUGAGCAAAGAAAUUGCUCUCUUAAUUAUGGAUGAAGAUGAAGAUCCUCUUGUUUCUCAACCUCAAAACUCUCUUCAGUUUAAUUUUCAGGCUUUUUCUAGAGCAAUUCAUCCUCCUCCACAGUUUGAUAUCUUCUAUGAGCAAGCUUUGAUGAGAAGAGAAAGCAAAGGAACAGGAGUGUUUAUUCCACAAGCAACACAGCCAAGAAGGAAGAACAAGAAAGGAAGAUCUAAUUCAUACUCAAAAUAUCCAAAACAAUCUCAAGGCACAAGAAUGGAUUCUCAAGUUCAUAACAAGAAUUCUUUGAAACAGUGAAAAUAUGGAUGAAGUUAUUUAUAUAGAUCCUUCUAGUUAAAGCUGCAUGAUUUUAUAAUCUCUAGUGAUUAAUUUGAUUAUUAUAUUGUUCAAUAAUUUAUGUGUUUAAUUAAUUCUUUAUAGCCUUUAGGCAAUAAUUGUAUGGCUAAUUAUUAAGUUGUAUUGAUAUUUAUAUAAAGGUGAGUAUGUACAUGAGAUGGGUGGGAAAACCAUUUUUAAGUAUAUACACCAAUAUAUAUUAGUCAUCUUAUAGGAGGGUUCAACAACCAAAGGUUUUGUAAUCUUCCACUGCGUGUAAAAGCAUUUUGUGGCUAUCUAGUUUUCUAUGAUAGAUAAGUUUGUCCUUC